GGCUGGCUCAGGGAGCCAUGGGGAAGACUCUUGCUGAGGCCUUUGGUAGAGUGGGUGGAGUGCGUGCCUCACCCCAUAGGUGAGCUCACUUGCCAGUCCAUUGACAGGGUGGGGCAUGUGGACCCAGACUGGUACAGGUGAACAGAAGGAACGCUGCAGGGACUUCAGGGUGAACCAGGCCAGAGGCUGCUGUAAUUUAGCCAAUCUGCCCAGACCUGUCCAGUGCCUUGCCACUUCCAGCCUGGGCUUGGGGCAGAAAAUGAGCAAGACCAUGUUGGGGAAGGUGGGACCUGCGCUGUGGAUGUUCUGUGCAAUCUGGGUAGCUGUCGAUGCUAUUUCUGUGGAGACUACGCAGGAUGUCCUUCGGGCUGCUCGAGGCAAGAGUGUCACCCUUCCGUGUACCUACGCUACCUCCGUUCCAGACCGAAAUGGAUUCAUUCAGUGGGAUAAGCUUCUCAGGAGUGAAACGGAAAGAGUGGUCACAUGGAAUUUUGUGAAGAAAAGUUACAUCUACGGCCCCCGUUAUGAGAACCGUGUGAAGAUAUCUAACGAUGUCGAGCUGUCAGAUGCCUCCAUCACCAUUGACCAGCUAACCAUGGAUGACAAUGGCACCUACGAGUGCUCUGUCUCACUGAUGUCAGAUCUGCAAGGUACCUCCAAGUCUCGAGUGCGCCUCUUGGUCCUUGUGCCACCCUCCACGCCGGCCUGCGGCAUCGAAGGGGAGACAGUGAUUGGGAAUGACAUCAAGUUGACAUGCCUGUCUGCAGAGGGCUCUCCGAGCCCGCAGUACAGCUGGAAGAGCUACAAUGCACAGAACCAGCAGCGGCCGCUCACCCAACCAGCCUCAGGUGAGCCCUUGGUUCUGAAGAACAUCACCACAGAAAUGGCCGGGUACUACAUCUGCACCUCCAGCAACGAUGUCGGGGUUGAGUCCUGCAACAUCACCGUGGCUCCCAGACUUCCUACCAUGAACAUCGCGCUGUAUGCGGGCAUUGCGGGGGGUGCAUUUGCGGCCCUCAUCAUCAUUGGCGUCAUCGUCUACUGCUGCUGCUGUCGGGAAAAGGAGGAGAAAGCCGAGGACCGGGAGGACGCAAGGCCGAACCGAGCUGCUUACCAAGAGCCUCGAGAGCAGCGGACAGAAGUUUCCAGGGGGAGGGAAGAUGAACAGGACUACAGGCAAGGGGACCAGAGGAGCUCAGGGCGUAGCUCUCCAGACCAACCCUUCCAGUAAAGGGGGCCUGUCACCAAGGGGAGGAGGAGGCCUAGGAUCCAGCCUCCCAGUUCUGGCUUCUUUUCUCUCUAGCCCCAUAAUCCUGCCUCUCCCCAGCCAUUGGUGGAGUGCAUCUUCCUGUGUGUGUGUUUCUGGGAGCAUCAUUGGCCUGGUUACAUGGGUCCUGCCUGUGACCCCAGUGACCACACUGAAAAGACCCUUCCCUGUUGCUGUGACUCAGGGCUGGGACUUCCUAACCCAGCAGCACCCUCUGCCUCCCUUGUGACUGGCAGGGGCCUAGAAGCUUAGCAUUGAGCAGGGGUGGCUUCUGUUUGGAGCUCCCCAUGCAGCCAGUGCCAGCUUCAGAAGGGUGGGAGUCUGCCCUGCCGACCACAACCAUCCCUCAGGGGAGAACCUGUGGAUGGACUUGCACUCAAUAUUUUUGUUGAAUGAAGGAAAGAAAUCAAGAAUGUGAUGAAGGCCCUGUGAUUUUCCCAGCUGAAUUGUGCUCUCCAUGCUUGGGGGCCACGGUGGCCUCCAGCUUCUGCCUCAGCCUCAUCCCCCCCAUAUUGCUCCUGCUCCCAGACACAUGCCUUCUUAGGACUUCCCUAACACAGUUCUAUCCCUGCCUGUCAAAAUCCCGUCUGCCCCUAUAGCCUACCACUCUUGAACCCCAGUGUUUUUCUUACUCCUGUUGUGACCGCUCCCGCGCAGGGAAACAGCAAAGUCACUUUUUCCUACACCCAGCCCUGGACAACUGCAAGGCCAUCAGAGCUCUGCUUCCCGCUGUAGGUCCUUGGAGCAGGGUCUGGGCCUUGGAGCCUGUCAGCUUCAGCUGGGGACUGUCCUCAUAGUCAUAGGCCGGGCUCAGCCUCUCUCUUGUGACUUGUGACCCUGAUGAUGCCACCCAAGCAAUGUGCCGGUCUGGUAAGGUGAGCAGACUGGUUCAGAAUGAGCAGCACACAAGCUUGCCUGUCUGCCACCCCUGCCCAGCCACCAGUCUCUGAAUGCCAGCUGAGCCUCGCUGGCCUGCCCACAGCCCCCAAACCCACCCCUCUGGUAAGCUCUCUCACUCUCCAGGGCUCAGGCCAGACGGGCUGCUCCAAAUGUGCUUUACCAUCCAAUAAACUUUUCUGGCUCACCAGAAGAGCAAGCAUAUAAAUCCCUUUUCCCCUUCUGGUUUUAUUUACACGUAUAUUUUUAUAUACUUUGCUAAACUCAUUGUUUAAUUCAAAAUGUUUCCUUAUCAAUAAAGUUACCAGUGGAAAUCCC